AUGAAUCAUGGGGUACGGGGCUGGUCCGGCUCUUGGCCAGAAGAACACCGUGAUGACUGGUCAGUAGAGUGUACCUAUCAGUUACUAACGAGUAGUCCUGUUAACUAUGUACAUGCUACAAAGUGCUGGAGGGGAAAUUCAUGGAAUAUGCACAGAAGAUAUCGUGCUGUUUUCAUACCAGCAGACUGGUCCAAUCGGUCCCCCAUGAGGGUGGAGGAGAUUCUGAGGAAGAAAAAAGAUCCAAUGAAGGCAAUGCGAGUCGAAGGAGAAGGGAUGAUGACUGGAUUCAAAGGGAAAAUCUACGAUCCACCCCAAUGCGGUCUAGACUCCCGGAUCCGUAACGCGUAA